UUGCGGACAACUUUGUCUUGAAGUGGCGCAUGCGCAUAGUCAAGCAAGAAGAAGAAGAUGGCAGACGUUUCUUUGGAUGAAGUCAUACGUCGGCGCGGUAUUAACCUCAAAGUUCCUGUUAAACGGCCUCCAUUUGGACGGGGUUUAGGAGGGGAUGGGAAAAAUUUUGAUGCCAGACAAAUCAUUGGAACAAGUGAUGUGAGACAGCGGCUUGGCGUGGGAACAACAAAGGGUUUUCAAGUAAAAGAUGCCAGAGAAAAACUUGUCCAAAAAGACGCCCGUUUUAAAAUUCAGGGCAGGGGAGGUGCAUCAGCUGUGCAGGACGCCCGGCAGAUGAUCACAUCCAGAAAGCAGGGGCAGACGCUCUCCAGCAUCCCUGCACAAACGACGCUAAAAGCAGUGAUUUCACAGCAGCUGCAGAGCAAAACUCUGGUUCCUCCCAUACAGAUUCAAACCGUCAGUCAUUUUCCUGGCAUCAAUGCGCGGCAGUUUAGCUCUGCUGUACAAGGACUGAGUGCAAGAGGCAUCACUGCACCGCAGCUGAGCAACAAUGGGAGAGUGAUGGAUGCUCGCGACAGGCUGAGCCUCAAGAGGAGCCUUGGAGGAACGCCGACACAAUCAGCCAUGGCUCCACCUCUAAAAAUUACCAAGACCAUACAGCAACGACCUCUAGGGAUGGCAAGUGGAAUACGUGCAGCUGCACAGCCUGACCUGAAUGACAUUGAUGGGACCUCCAGCAAACAAAUAAAGUUCACAACUGCCAACAAUAUGCUGCAAUCACGGUCUGGUUCUGUGGGCUCCACAUUCUCCAUGUCGGCCCCGAUCACCAAGGUGGUUAAAAACGAUGCGUACACGGCUCCACGGCCUCCUGUCCCCGUGGCUCCCACCCGACCAAACGCCAGCACGGCCGCCGCACGCACCUCCGCUGCAGCGCUGCAGCCGGUCUCCAGGACUCUUCAGCAAAGCACAGCAGAGACCAUAACCACAGCGCCAACUCCUCCACAGCCCACCUUCAGCCCCCUGGAAGGCACCAAAAUAACCGUCAACAACCUGCAUCCACGAGUCACAGAGGAAGACAUAGUGGAGCUGUUCUGUGUGUGCGGUGCCUUGAAGCGAGCGCGGCUAGUCAAGGUCGGCGUCGCUGAAGUGGUGUUUGUGCGUAAAGAAGAUGCCGUGAGUGCGUACAGGAAGUACAACAACCGCUGCUUGGAUGGUCAACCUAUGAAGUGUAACCUUCAUAUUCAGGGAAAUGUGAUCACUUCUGAUCAGCCUAUUCUGCUGAGACUGAGUGACACUCCCGGGACAGGCGGCAGCACAAAGAAAGACGGUUUGCCUCCCUCUUUGUCUCGCACCGGCCAGAGAUCCUCGUCCCAGCCCACUCCAGAGGUGGACCCCCAGACCAUCCUUAAAGCUUUGUUCAAGUCCACCGCGCAGUCCACCACCACCACCACCUCCGACGCCCCCAGUUCGCAGACCACCGCCUUCCGCAUCAAGAUUUAGCUCACAUGUAAAUUACCAACCAUAUUUGUUUGCGUUUCUCAAUGUGGACUUUUGAAAUGUUGUUUUUUUUUCUCUCAGGAGUCCACAUUCUCUCAUGAUAGUGAACAAAUAUUAGAUGAGGCUGUGGAGAAUAUGAAACUCAGUGUUUGUGGGGACAAAUGACACCUGUAGGCUUUUGAAGUUUCCGAUGUGGUGUGAUGUUCUAUUCAGUUUGGUGAAACAGGAGGGAGGAGUAUGUCCAUUUCUGUUCUUUUUUUUUAACAUUACUUUCAGACAAAAAACAUGUGUAAAGUAAAGAUUAUGGCAUGUUGAUCUGAUAUGAGUGGAAAUGUCAUUGAGCAAUGUAACGUUUACAUUUAAACUGCCACACAGCUGUUUUAUGACAUUAUCGGCAUCUAUCAGUUAAGUUCCACGUGAAAUCGUUCCCUCGUCGUGAGUUUAGUUGAAACCUAAAUUAGAUUUUGUUUCAGAAUAAAAGUUAUUUCAUGUAAUGGCACACAGACAGUACUGUGAGGCUUCCUGGGUGUUUCAGCUCUUGUGGCACUCUGCUGUUUGUAGCUGUUCUUUUUCUGAACCCAUCAUUUGUUGUUUGUAUGUAACACUUGGUUUCAGACUGUAAACUACUUUGUGUUGCUUUCUUUUGCCCCUCAGCAGGAGUAGAAAGCUGUCACAACUCUAACACAUCGCCAAUAAAUAGAAAGCUUUGUAUGUGUUGCCUGGGA